GCGUGAACCUACCUUAAAGUUUCCAAUCCCCCGUGCUCGUCGUAUUCACCGAUCCGCGACGAUUCACGACGGUGCGUACCGCCAGUCGAUUCGAAUAAUCGCCUCGUGGCAGGUGAGGACGAAAAUCGGCGAGGCCGUGCUAGUCGUCUGGUCGGACAGCCAGCUAAGCCGUCGUCGCAUGAGGCACGGACGGACCCGUAAGGCCGCGCCUCGAUCGUUCGAUCUUCUCGCAGAAAAUCUCGUUACCGAUCGUAGUGCGCGACACGGCGUGCGUGUGCGAGCUUUCUCGUAGCCAUCCGCGCGCAGCAGCGCGUGUAUUAUCUUUUAUUCGUUUUCGUUCGGUUAGUCGGUCCUGUCUCCGCAUCUCUCGCGGUCGGUUUCCGUUUCGUUCCGAGCGCCGCACCACGACGGGACGAAGGCAUGUCUUCCUUCAAGGGCGAUAAGGCUCCAACCGCGAGGCUCUGCCAUAUCGUGAAAUGGGACGAUUUCGACGGUUACGGGUUCAAUUUGCACGCGGAGAAAGGAAAGAACGGCCAGUAUAUCGGCAAAGUGGACGACGGCUCGCCGAGCCAAGCGGCGGGUUUACGGCAAGGCGAUCGUAUCGUGGAGGUUAACGAAAUCAACAUCGCGAACGAGACUCACAAGCAGGUGGUCGAGCGCAUAAAGGCCUUCGCCAACGAGACGAAGCUCCUGGUGGUCGAUCAGGAGGCCGACGAAUAUUUCAAGGCCGGCAACAUUGUUAUCAAGGGCACCAUGGCGAACAUCAAGGUAAUCAAGACCCCGGAGAAGAAUCCGAACAGUGUUGAACAAGAGGAGCUGAAUGACAGCAAUGCUUCCAUCGACGAGAACGCCCAGAAGUCGAACGACGUGUCCCAGCACAGCGAGAGCAGCACAGUGUCGGCAGGUGCGACGAGAACGUCGACGAGGAGCGAGAACGAGAGCGAAUGCGAGGAGUCCGGUCGGGAGAAUGGGAACGGUAUUAGGAACGAGACGACGACGGCGUCGAUGGGUCACGUGCAUGGCACCGGGAACGGUAGCGUCGGUGGCAACGAGCCACGGCAGGGCCUAAACCUGAAGAUGAGCGCCAAGGAACUCAGGGCUCAGCUAGCGGCGCGCAAGAAAUACGACCCGAAGAAGGAGUCGAUCGGUUUCAAGGACAAGUUCGACAUCGUGCAAAAGUUAUAACCCGACGUGGCCAGCUUCGAUUCGACGGCCUUAUCGGCUCAUGCUACGGUCGCGGUGCUCCUAUUUGUCACUCGAUAUCGGUUCUUGCGAUCACGUCGAUGUGUUCCGAGCGGCGAAUCGAUUCGCUCGUUUUUUCGCCGCCUCGGGUUGCAUCGAUCCACCGCCGUCCUGUUUCGAGGCGCUUCCGGUACACCGGAAGUGCACUCGAUCCCCCCCGAAAACCGGUUUCUGUACAGAGAACCGCCGAAAGAUACGCGAACGCGUUGCUUCGCGGUUCCACCGACGAAAGCGUGAUUCUUUUUAUAACGCGUUCCCGUAUCGAUCGAACGGCUGAAAACGUCUCGUUUCGGUAGGCUUCAGGAGCAACACCACUUUAAAAAUCUGAUAUAAAGCGCUUUUUUUUUUUGGAUGGAUGGAAAAGUAAGAGGAGGAAAAAAUAUUCAAGAAUGUUAUUAAAAAAAAAAUAUUUAUUCAAAAAUAGUGCAAAAUGACGCGUCUCAAAUUCGAAACACGUCUCGCGGGAAUGGCUUCAGCGUCAUUUUGCACUAUUUUUGAAUAAAUAUUUUUUUUUUAAUAACAUUCUUGAAUAUUUUUAUCCUUUUACUUUACCAAAAAAAAUUGCAACAAAGCGUUUUAUUUAAGGUAUUUAGAGUGGUCUUACCCCCUUCGCUGUUUGUCCCGCUAUCUGGCAGAACGGAGUUCGCGCGGUCCAAGGACGAUCACGACGACGCGGGAGAAAGUGUAACGUUGCCGCUGCCACACGCCGCGUCGCGUCAUUGCUAAUUUCUGUUAUCUGUUAUCAAAUUCAGGACACGCGUCGUUCCCCCUAUGUAUUGUACGUAGCACGAACGAGACACGCUUUCGAGCGAGCGAAUGGCUUUCGGGACGCGUACUUACACGCCCCGGCUCGUGUUCCAGCGAACGAAAAUCGUUGCGUCGCGCUUGGGAGAAUUAGGCGGCUGUUGCGAAGAUGGCCCGCGGGUGUCUCGGUACACCGGCGACGGUUUACCCAAGAUUCGAACCGCGUUAUGUAAUUUAAGAAAUGUAACAUCGCAGGAACACGCCGUCACAAUAGUGGGAAGACUCGCGCGAGUUUCCACGUUCGUCUCCCCGGAGUCGCGGGACUCGCAGAAAUCGUUGAAUAUUGUCUCUCUCGGUUGCUAAAUAUUACGACAACCCGUUGUGCAAUGAUUCAAUUAUCGUCGUCGUGAUCCUUUUGCGUUUUGCGCCUCGUGGCUUGUGCUAAUACUUACGGAAUAUUUGUUUUGUUUUUUGGUAGAUUUCGUACGAUACGUAUCCGUGUCCGAACACGCGUUCCGUCACGUGGCAAAUUCACCGUGCGGCGGUAAAUUAAAUAUAGCGAUUUUGCAACAAGCGGAAGUCGUACGAAAAAUUAACUAUUCCGUCGAUCUUCCCAUAGGCGUUCCAGGAAAUAAUUACGUCAUCCAAUUUUCGUGAUUCGCUCGUUACUUUUAUGAAAAAUAACUCCUGUUUAUGGUAUUUCGCGUUGCGCGUCGAUAUCCUCGAUACAUUGCAUUUAUUUACACGAUCGAUAAGUUGAUUUUUAUGAUGCCACCUUUCGCAUUCGUCAAGGACGUAACACGAAUAUUGAUACGCGAUUCCUGGAAACUUUACAGUAGUUACGUACCACGGAGCCAUCCCACGGUUAAAAUACGAUUUCUUCGUAUCGCCGGAGCUAUGUUUUAUACAACGCGUCUAUUGUCUGAGAUAAUUAGGAUCGAUAUGAUCGUCAGGCUCUUUCGUAAUUUGAGCAAAUGCUAUUUUCCAGUUGAAAUACGAUGAAGAUGGUUUUUUUUUUCUUCUUUUUCGUUUUAAUCGUUUCCCGCAUUCCGUCAAAGUUGCCAUGCGUCGGUUUCUAACAAAUUUUACAAGCGUACAGAGAGAUUCCUUUUAAACGUUUUCAGAGACGUGAGAGUUGUUCGUGUAAUAAAAUUUCAUUUAACCGGGGACUUUGCGUACCGAAAUCCGAUGCUCUUAAACGGCCCUUUCAUCGUACACCAUUAACAACGAAUAAGGAACGAAAUGAAAGUAAAAUGAAAUUUCGCUCGUAGACCUACGCAAACAGAUCGAUUGAUCGAGUUCAAUCAGGGUGAACGAUCGAACGGUUGGGAGUUCGUCCAUCGUGAUCUACAGUCUCGGGUCUUUACGCCGAGCGUGUUGUGUAAAUUCUUUGAUAUUUCUUUUUUGUUUUUAUCUCAAUACUUUUGUGAGGUCUGAUACAUAACAGUACUCGCUUCUGUAAAUAUUAGAUCUUCGUGCGUCAAGGUCGGUGCAACGAUCGGGGAAAAAAACGAUUAAUACGUCGUUCAAAUUAAUAUCGACAGGUGGCGAUAAAUCAUGCGUUCGACGCCGGUUUGCGGUAUUUCUGUCGCGACUAAAAAUGAAAUUGACGCACCGUUAAUCAAUUAUAACUUGUCAAAACAGUUCGGAGCGCACAGUUUCUGAAAACGAGAGAAGUUUCUCGUGCGAGCCAUUGCACCGGUUCCUUGAAAUGUAUAUAAACAUCCCUGCGUAAGGUCCAAAUACACACGUUGUUACGAUUAUUGCACACAUGUCCAAUGUUAUUUGUAAGAGUCUAACUUUAAGCAUUAUGUUUGGCGACAAGACGACUUAACUGUACGUUAUUCGUCAAAUUACGUUUACCGCGUACAUCUGUGUAUAAAUAUUGUUGUACGUAUACCCGUUUGUUGCUUUUAUUUCUUUUAUCGUACCAGUAAAGAAUGUUUAUCUUUUACGCUAGGGAACGACGAGGAA